AACAUGAGUCCGCCGCCAAAAUCAGUCCUGUUACCAAAGGUUUUCCCACCCUCACUCGUCAACCUUGGUCAACUCUUGCCGGACCCGCGGGACCCCUCGCUCGACCCGUGCAUACCCGAGAGGCCAGCCACGGAAGAUGACUACGCGAAGACGGUAUAUAGCGGUUACACAACCACCGUUACGUUGGACGAAUCGGCGAGGCUUAGCGUAUCCCUCACAAACCUUUUCGGGGCACUCUUCGGAGCCAGAAAGGCAAGCACGAUCGACCUCCACGCUCCCACGGCUUACCACAUAGUGCUCAAACAACCCGACACUAUAUUCAGUAGGGUUGUGCAGGAGCCGGAUGUCCAGAAUUGGCUGAACAGGAUGGCCCAAUUCCACCGCCGAGUCUACUUUAUCGUCGGAUUGCAGGUCAUCAUAGACGGCGUGCUCAAGCAAAAGAUCGACACGAGCAGCGAAGCGAGUGUCAACGUGUGCGCUCCCCUCGAGGCCGCGGGGCUCCCAGUGCACGUCAGUGCUGAAACUACCGGUUUUGUUAAAGGAGAAGGGUUUAUGGAGGGGACGAUUUUGGGGGAAAACGUUCUGGGAGUUCUGGUUCGGAGGGUCUGUUACAAGAUCGAGAGACCCAGCAGUCGUCCAACCUUGGAUCAUAAGUCUGCUUGGAGAUACCCCUGCGAGAGGGUGAGAGGGGCACAAGAGGAGGAGGUAUUGGAGCUUGUGGUAAGCAUGGGUGACGAUGUAGGGGAUGACGAUCUGGGGGAUUUGGGCGAUGGUUCGGACGGGGAUGGCGACGACGAUGACGACGAGGAGGAUUAAAUGGCACCAAACCUCGGUGUAAAAGUUUCGCAGGAUGCUUUACUGUUACUCUUGACGAUAGUACCCGCAUGGUGAGAGAGGGCGGAAAAACUUGUGGCGGCAGCUGGCAGAGCAGGGAUCAUGUCGAUCGAUCAAUAAACUUCCCGAAAGAAACAUAGUACGAGUAUUGUU